CAGAUGUUCGCAGUAGCGAUGGCUCUGGUCGAGCAAGCGCAAGACUUGCUCGAGCGGUCAGUACAGACGGACGAAGCCAUGCAAUUCGUCUCCUCACAUAUUCCGGGCUCGACGGUCGGCAAGCACUUGCGACACAUCUACGAUCAUUUCAAUCUCUUGCUGCUUGCACUCGAUGAUCCCAAUGACCUGCUCAACUACGACGCACGCGGUCGCAAUGUACCCAUGGAGACCUCUCGAUCGGAAUCACUGAGCAAGCUCAAAGGACUCGAUGACCGGUUGAAGGGACGGUCCAGACAAGCCGAGAAGAUCAUGACACGCAGAUUCCGUCUCUCUGCGCUCACGCCGUUUCCUCAAGAAUUCGACACCAACUUUGCCAGAGAGUUGUGGUUCUGCUCCUUGCAUGCCAUCCAUCACUUCUCGCUCAUACGCGUCAUCGUCUCCGGCGAGCUCAACUUGGACGUUCCUGCCACUUUUGGCGUCGCUCCGAGUACGAUGGCCUUCCGACAG